AUGGGAAUUUCCGGCAACACAAACGCUAACGCUGACAGCAGCACCGUCACCAGAACAACAGCGCCAAGAACGCAGGCGCGUCGAAGCAGUCGCAGACAAACCGUCGGCCACCAAGGCUGCAGCUGCACCGAGCGCGAAGGCCAGCGCUGCCAAAGCAAAGCCACAGCCCAGACUGCCAGCAGCAAGGGCGCUGCCAUUGCGACUGCCACUGCCGCUGCUUCCGUCACUGCCACUGCGACCACGACUCCGCCGACUGCUGCUAAGCCUAGCAAGGGCGAACCCAAGGCGAGCUCCACCUUGCCCAGCAUCCAGCAGGAGGAAGAGGAGGCAAUGAAGAAGCGCCAGCUGGCGGAUGAGCAAAACCGCGCGCAGAACGUCAUUUCACGCGGUUUUGCCGGCAGCUACGCCGACCGUCUCGGCGGAAGCAGUGGAGGAGCAGUCGCCCCGCCACGCUCCUUGGCAUCGAUCAUGGAGGAGCAGUCGAAGGAGACUGCCAAGGCCAACACAGCGAGCACCUUCACUGCCAGCGUUCCGCACCGAUACCCCGCGCACCCUGAGCCUGGCGAUGCCGUCCCCCCUGUGUCCGCGUCACAGCCGCUGCGCUCUGCUGUGCCGUCCCUGUCGCCACAGACAUCGGCCUGGGGCACCACCACUGGCAGCACUAGCAACAGCGCAGCCGCUGCCUUCGCAUCAUCUGUCGCCGCCGCCACCGCCGCCUCCAACGCUGCAAGCAAGCAGCAGGCUCCCAAACCCGCUGCAAAGGAACCGGUCAGCGUUAGCAUCACCAGCACAACCAACAUCGCGGUCAUGCCGUCGAUGGAGUUCCUUGAGUGGUGCUACUCUCGCUUGGGCAGCCUGCAGGGCAUUGACAUCAACAAGUUUAUCGAGGUGCUGCUGACUUUCCCGACGCAGCCGGCCGAGACCACGCUGGAAAUUAUUGCCGAGCAGAUUUACGCGUACUCCUCGAUCCUCAACGGGCGCGCCUUUGCUGAGACUUUAGACUUUGGUGCCGUGCGCAACGGGUCGCUCAAGAGUGCGCCAGUCAACUGGAUGCAGGUGCUGGGAUCCUCGGCAGCAAAGUCGACGACGUCGGACGCUAGCACCGCCGCAUCGGGAAUUGGCUCUGGAUUUGCUAGGAUCGCUAACACUGGCUCGUCUGGGUCCCGUGGCUCCAGUACUGACUCGUCGUUCCAGGUUGUCAGCAAGAAGGGCAGAAAGUGA